AAGAUGAUCCCUCCUCCUCCAGAGCUGACGGUGUAAGCGAGUGCUCGAGACAGGAAGGACUGCUGAGCACUGAAUGCUAACAAGGGGGAGAGAGAGUACAUGUCCACGGCGAGCGGAAAGGUGGGGGGUUCAACAGCGAGAUAUGGAGAAAUACAAUUAACCUGCAAUGUGCCAACGCCAAAUUCACGCCGAUCAUAACCAUCCUCACCACCGAUCAUCAUCCUCAUCAUCACCACCACCAACAGCGCGACCGUCCUCGUCUUUUUUCUCCUAAGUGAAAUGUAUCGGGACUGCACGGGAUCUUUUUUCUGACAAUGGAGAUUGAGAAUAUCGUGGCCAACACCGUGCUGCUGAAGGCGAGGGAAGGAGGAGGAGGGAAACGGAAUGGGCGGAGCAAGAAAUGGAAGGAGAUGCUCAAACUGCCUCAUAUCAGUCAAUGUGAGGAACUUAGACGUACUAUUGAGAGGGAUUACACUAGCCUUUGUGAGAAGCAACCAAUCGGUCGUCAGUUGUUUCGGCAGUUCUGUGACACUCAGCCCAAAUUACGGCGGUGCAUAGAGUUCCAGGAUUCUGUGGCACUGUAUCAGUUGGCUCCGGAUGAGAAGAGAAGAGACGUCGGUUUAAAUAUUUUAGACACAUAUUUUAAUAAUGGGUCGGCAGCUCAUCUACCAGAGAUUGCUCAGGACGUGGUUGGGGAUUGCAGGCAGAAACUGGAACAGAGUCCAUGUAAAGAGCUGUUCCAGGAGUGUACCAGGAUAGUUCGUGAAUAUUUAAGUGGAGUUCCAUUCUCAGCAUAUCAGGAGACAAUGUACUUUUCCCGUUUUCUUCAAUGGAAGUGGUUGGAGAGGCAACCAGUAACCAAAAACACGUUUAGACACUACAGGGUAUUGGGCAAGGGCGGAUUUGGUGAGGUUUGUGCCUGCCAGGUUCGUGCCACUGGUAAGAUGUACGCCUGUAAAAAGCUGGAGAAGAAACGGGUGAAGAAAAGAAAAGGUGAAGCAAUGGCAUUAAAUGAAAAACGCAUUUUAGAAAAAGUUAACAGUAGUUUUGUAGUUAGUUUGGCAUAUGCAUAUGAGACUAAGGACGCUCUAUGUUUGGUGUUGACUAUAAUGAAUGGCGGUGACUUGAAGUUUCAUAUCUAUAACAUGGGAAACUCAGGUUUUGAUGAACAGCGUGCCAUCUUUUAUGCAGCAGAGAUCUGCUGUGGUUUGGAGGACCUGCAUCGAGAGAGGAUCGUCUACAGAGACUUGAAACCUGAAAAUAUUCUCCUAGAUGAUCGUGGGCACAUCCGUAUUUCUGAUCUGGGACUUGCCGUCCAAAUUCCAGAGGGUGAGACGAUACGAGGGCGUGUUGGCACGGUGGGAUACAUGGCACCAGAGGUCAUUCAGAAUGAGAGCUACACCUUCAGUCCUGACUGGUGGGGUUUGGGAUGCCUAAUAUACGAAAUGAUUCAGGGUCAGUCUCCUUUCCGUCGCCGUAAAGAGCGUGUGAAGAGAGAGGAGGUGGACCGGCGUGUGUGUGAGGACCAGGAGGAAUACACUGAAAAGUUCUCUGAAGAUGCUAAAGAUAUCUGCCGACAGUUGUUAUGUAAAGAUCCAAAGGAGCGGUUGGGGUGUCAAGGGAGAGGAGGGGCUGAAGUCAAACUGCAUCCCAUUUUCCGCAACAUCAAUUUCAAGCGAUUGGAGGCCAACAUACUAGACCCACCGUUCUGUCCUGAUCCUCGUGCGGUGUACUGCAAGGAUGUUCUGGACAUAGAGCAGUUUUCUACAGUCAAAGGUGUAAAUCUGGACCCUACAGAUGAUGACUUCUACCAUAAGUUUGUAACAGGAAGUGUCUCCAUCCCAUGGCAAAAUGAGAUGAUUGAGAUGGAGUGCUUUAAGGAGAUUAAUGUGUUCGAGAUGGAUGGAACACUGUGUUCUGAUCUGGAUGUAAACAGGCCAAAUCCAGCACCCAAACGAGGAUUCUUCUACAGGUUAUUCCAUCGAGAGGCAAGUGCUAGCGUGCCGCCCGCUGUGGUCAGAGGGGGUGGGGCUUGAGGUUUGUUUUAGGAGUGCCAGCAAUGAGGAGGAGGAGCCAUCUUGACUUAAAACCACUCCCACUUCCCAUCAGCUGCCAAUCAGAAUGCUAAACGUAUGAAUGUUCAACUGUAUUUAUGAACUGUAUUAAACUGUAUCAUAAUUAAAGAAAAGGGUAUGAGUUUAAAGAAUUUUGUACAUUUGUACUUGAAUUAUGUGUAGAUGUAUAUUUUCACUAAAGGUUGUAUUGUACAAAAAGCCAUAGAAAUACCACUUGAAUGCAUAUAUAAUGUUUUUAUUGUUAUUAUUUUUCAUCUGUAAUGAAUAUGAAAUGUGUAUUUCUUUUUAAGCACAAUAUAAACUCUCACUUUUAUUUUUUAAUGCUAACAUCCUGUUAGCACAGCCUUUGUUUGUAUGUUAGAUGGCUGAACAGAUUUGGUGCACUUGUUUUGUACAGUGGGGUAAGAUAAAUCAAGAUAAAAAAAGCAGUACAAAUGAUUUAUUCAUCAUAUCAUUUCUAGUGGUCAAUGGAAAUGGGUUUUUCUGAUUGCUAAUCUAGAAAGCAGGGUGGCUGAUGGUCGAAUGCCGAUAAACAAACUGUAUAGCCUACAUAUAUAAUGGGGUCCAAAAGUCCGAGAACACUUAAGUAAAGUGCUUCUAUUUUACAUAGUUCAACUUUUUAAAUUAUCAGCUUAACAUUGAAAAAUUGAAUUAAAAAAUGAACCUAAAUAUCAGAAUGUCAUAGUAUUCUUUGUUUUUUGUAGUUGUUGUUUUUUAUUUAAUGAAAGCAGGACUUGUGCUGAGCUGCAUGAACUCCACAAGUUUGUGUAAAACCUGAUGAUUUGAGAAUGAUCCAGAGUUUCGUGAGCUCCAAUGGAUGCAACACUGGGUUCAAUGCAAAAUGCUGGGUUAAAAAUGGACAAACCCACCAAUUGCGUUGUUUUAACCCAACAGUUGGGUUAAAUGUUUGCCCAAUGUUUUAUUUGGGGGCAGUUUUAUUUAAACCAAAAAUACUAUAUGGCUGGCUUAAAAUGAACCCAAAAUAUUUUGGAAAUCAGACAUAAUUACUAGAGGCAACAAUAAGCAAUUUAAUAAAAGUUUAUUGUUUAAAUAUUAUUCAUUAAACUUAUUAAUAAAUGUUCAUUUAUUAAACAUAUUAAUAAAUGUUAAUUUCCAACAUACUUUGGGUUCAUUUUAAGCAAGCAGUACAGUAACUUUUACACAAAAUUUGAGUUAAAUAAAACUACCCAGCAGGUCGGGCAAAUAUUAAACCCAACCGCUGGGUUUGUCCAUUUUCAGCCCAACCACUUGGUUAAAACAACCGUAUUGCUGGGUUUGUCCAUUUCCAACCCAACCGCUUGGUUAAACAACCCAAUUGCUGGGUUUGUCCAUUUUCAACCCAACCGCUUGGUUAAAACAACCCUAUUGCUGGGUUUGUCCAUUUUCAACCCAACCGCUGGGUUAACACAACCCAAUUGCUGGGUUUGUCCAUUUUCAACCCAACCGCUGGGUUAACACAACCCAAUUGCUGGGUUUGUCCAUUUUCAACCCAACCGCUGGGUUAACACGACCCAAUUGCUGGGUUUGUCCAUUUUCAACCCAACCGCUGGGUUAACACAACCCAAUUGCUGGGUUUGUCCAUUUUCAACCCAACCGCUUGGUUAAAACAACCCUAUUGCUGGGUUUGUCCAUUUUCAACCCAACCGCUGGGUUAACACAACCCAGUUGCUGGGUUUGUCCAUUUUCAACCCAACCGCUGGGUUAACACAACCCAAUUGCUUGGUUUGUCCAUUUUCAACCCAACCGCUGGGUUAACACAACCCAAUUGCUGGGUUUGUCCAUUUUCAACCCAACCGCUGGGUUAACACAACCCAAUUGCUGGGUUUGUCCAUUUUCAACCCAAUUGCUGGGUUUGUCCAUUUUCAACCCAACCGCUGGGUUAACACAACCCAGUUGCUGGGUUUGUCCAUUUUCAACCCAACCACUGGGUUUGUCCAUUUUCAACCCAACCACUUGGUUAAAACAACCCUAUUGCUGGGUUUGUCCAUUUCCAACCCAACCGCUGGGUUAAAACAACCCAAUUGCUGGGUUUGUCCAUUUUCAACCCAAUCGCUGGGUUUGUCCAUUUUCAACCCAACCACUUGGUUAAAACAACCCUAUUGCUGGGUUUGUCCAUUUCCAACCCAACCGCUGGGUUAAAACAACCCAAUUGCUGGGUUUGUCCAUUUUCAACCCAACCGCUGGGUUAACACAACCCAAUUGCUGGGUUUGUCCAUUUUCAACCCAAUUGCUGGGUUUGUCCAUUUUCAACCCAACCGCUGGGUUAACACAACCCAGUUGCUGGGUUUGUCCAUUUUCAACCCAACCGCUGGGUUUGUCCAUUUUCAACCCAACCACUUGGUUAAAACAACCCUAUUGCUGGGUUUGUCCAUUUCCAACCCAACCGCUGGGUUAAAACAACCCAAUUGCUGGGUUUGUCCAUUUUCAACCCAAUCGCUGGGUUUGUCCAUUUCCAACCCAACCGCUGGGUUAAAACAACCCAAUUGCUGGGUUUGUCCAUUUCCAACCCAACCGCUGGGUUAAAACAACCCAGUUGCUGGGUUUGUCUAUUUUCAACCCAACUUGGGUUGUUUUUAACCCAGCAUUUUUUUUGAGUAAAGUCUUUAAAAAUUUAGCUUAUUUGAUUAGUGGUCUAAAUCUGAGAUUUCAUAUUAAUUUUAUGUCAUAACUUUGACUAAAGCAUUCUGUUUAUUUCCAAGUUUAAAUUAGAGUAGAAUCCCAGAAUUUCAGUGUCUUCAGACUUAUGAACCCCAUUGUAUAUUUAUAUUUUUAAAACCCAAAGCUGUUGGUGCAUUUAUAUAUUAUAUACUGACACAAGGAAUCAUUAACACUUAUGUUAAUGAUAAUGGGUGUGCCAAUAGCUCGUGCCAAUAGCUCGUGCCAAUAGCCUCAAAAUGACCAAAUAUCGGACGGAUUAAUUAGCCUGAUCGAUAUAAAUAUCAGUCAAUCACUAGUCAAGAUAAUUCGCCAUGCCUUUCAUUGAAUUCAUGCAAAUGUUAUAAAAUGCAUGAAACAGUCACAAUCAUCUUGGAUCUCUGUGCAUCAGGUGAUUAAUCCCUGUUUCGUUCAUGUGCAUAAACAAGACACAAACACAUUUCUAAUUUCACAUAUGUUCUUAUUUCUAAACUGCUCUGUGUGUUAAAUACUAUGACCUCCACAUAGCUUUAAGACGAGAGGGAAACAGUUGGGCUUGUUGAGCAAUGUUCAUCUGAAAUGGGUUUUUCAGUGGCAGAUAAUUGGUGCCAAUCUCUGGAGAGCAGGGUGGCUGAUGUAAUGUGGAUAUAUACAUAAAUGACUUAAUGAUGGCAUAUUACACUAUAUUUACUCAAAAUACACAUAUGACUGAAAAUAGAAAAUGUUUAUUGUUGUUUUAAAAAGCUGUUGUUAGAAUUUGGACCUGAAACAAGGGAAUGUUAAUAAUAACUAAGUGGCCGGUACUGAUGAUCUCAAAAUUAGCCAAAUAUUGACUGAUUAAUCAAUUUUGUUGACUGUUUGCUAAUCUCCAUUCAGUUCAACUUUCUGCCUCCGCUCACAUUGUUACCUUUAGUGCCAUCAGGUAUUUUUACAGUGGUUCUAACCAAGCCAGUGUAAAAUACCUAAAUAAGCUUCAUCUUUAAAUUUGCUCAAAUGACGGCUCUUAAAUGAGCUGUUGAUUUUGCCUUAAGUGUCAUAUGUUCAGUUAAUAUUCCAAAAGGAGUAUUGAUUGAUUUGUUAAUGAUAAUCAUAUAAUGUAACUAAUGACUGUGCACCAUGUCAAAACCGUGCAAUUUGUUUAUCAUACACGUGCACUUGUUUUUGUUGCUCUUUGUUUAUUUAGUUUAACUUUUGGUAUGCAUAUGGCAUUAUCACAAAUUAGAGAUGGGUAUUAAAUAUUAUCAUAUUUAAAUAUGUAGAAAAACGGCAAAGCCUUUAUUCUUACUAUUUCCCCCCGAAUUGUCUUUAUAUACGACAUUGUAUUUUGUGUCUUUUUUUAAUCUUAAAAAUAUUUUUGUCCUUGCCCGUCUUAAUAUGCAGAGACAAAAUGAACCAUCCGUACAUUGAUUUUGAUCAAAACACUGCUCUGAUUGAGCAACCAAUAGCGUGAGUCUGGGGCGGGGCUAAGACAUUAUUCAGCACUGACAGUGAAGCUCAAACAGGAAACAUUGUUUUACUUUUGACUGCUCCAUUGCCCAUAUUUGUUUCUCUAUUUAUGAGGAUCUUUAUGGUCCCUUUUGCAAAGCUGUGAACUUAAACUCUUAAACUUUUGUUAUUCCCAUAUGUGUGCAUGUUCUACUGUAUUCAUGGUUUUACAAGAGGAAGAGCACUCACUUUAGUUGACAAUAAAAUUAUGAGUUGACAUAUGGCCAUUAAAAUGUACUUUUCAUUCUCUUGUAAAAACAUUAUAAGAACAAAGAAGUUUGUUUUAACUUGUGAAGAUUACACUGCCUUUUCCCUGUUCCCCCUCAUAUGGUCACAUCUUUCAAAUAUUCUAUAUAAUAAUAAAAAUAAUAAUAUUGAAAAAUAA